GAUAUCCGCAGGCUUAUGGCAAUAGCAGCAAGGAUCGGCAGAUCCAAGAUUUUUCUCCUUGGGGAAGCAAAGCGGGGAGAGCGUAGCUUGAGUAGACUUGCGGGAGGGGAUUUGGGGGAGAAAUCAAGGAGAGGAGAUAACGAGGGUAACGUUUAUGACUCGUCAAGCUGGGUUCCGCAUCCCCGGAACGGGAUAUACUUUCCGAAAGGCCAUGAGUGGGUGAUGAAUGAUGUGCCAGAGGGUGCGGCAUGUUUUGAUCGGGGUUUUUGGGUGAGGAACACUGACGGUGUUGAGAAACCGGACCCUGAGGUGCCUGCUCCUAAUUAUCAGCAUCUCUCCAAAGUUACGUAAUGAUCAUAUGAAUUAUAGAUCUAUAUAAAGGAAAGGAAGAACCAUAAUUAAUUAAGACUGUUAUAGUACCUGUAGUUGAUAAUUAAGGGGGGUGUCUGGUGAAUAAUUUUGGGCCGCCUUUGUGCAUGACUCUGGCCUAUUGGUGUAUUGUACUGAGUCUACUGACCACACAUAUAUGUUGUGCGUAGGAAUAAGAAAAAACUUUGUGACUCUCUGUUUCUUGCAGCCAAAAAGGUGUUGUUUAAAGUGUACUACACAAGUUAAAUUAUUAUAUAAAGAGAAAUUAUCUGU